CACCUGUCAGAGGGUCGGGGGCGGGGGCGGGGUCCGGGACUCAGGCCCGCAGAACCCAAGGGUAAGCUUCGUGGAGCGCACGCUCAGAGCACACAGCUCAUAGGAGGAAGGAUGUGAUAGUCCAAAACCCUGGGAGCUGACGGUCAGAGAGAGGGAAAGGUGGUUACGGAGACCAUGCAGAGCAACGGGAGGUGGAGGAUCCCGGAGGUGACAGCAAGGAGAGUACGCAACGGCUAAGGGAUUCUGAAGUGGGCCCAGGUGACUUCUGUGAGGACGCAGGGCAAGCGGGCAAAAGGAAGGGAAGGCAGCCCCAGGGUGCUGCAGACCAGCCCCGCUGGUGCGGGAGAUAACAUGUCCGGCGAGCGGCCCCCCCGCACCGACAUACCCCGCAACCUGAGCUUUAUAGCUGCGCUGACCGAGCGCGCCUACUACCGCAGCCAGCGGCCCAGCCUCGAGGAGGAGCCGGAGGAGGAGCCAGCCGAGGGCGGGACGCGUCUGGGGGCCCGAUCCCGCGCUCACGCUCCGAGUCGGGGUCGCCGGGCCCGUUCCGCACCCGCCGGAGGCGGCGGGGCCCAGGCACCCCGCAGCCGAAGCCCGGACACCCGCAAGAGAGUGCGUUUCGCUGACGCGCUGGGGCUGGAGCUGGCAGCGGUGCGCCGCUUCCGCCCCGGAGAGCUGCCCCGGGUACCCCGCCACGUGCAGAUCCAGCUGCAAAGAGACGCCCUCCGCCACUUCGCGCCUUGUCAGCCGCGCUCCCGAAGCCUCCAGGAGGCGCGCGCAGCCCUAGAGCCGGCCAGCGAGCCCGGCUUCGCCGCCCGCUUACAGGCGCAGCGAAUCUGCUUGGAACGCGCCGAGGCGGGCCCACUGGGCGUGGCUGGGAGCGCGCGCGUGCUGGACCUGGCCUACGAGAAGCGCGUUAGCGUGCGCUGGAGCGCCGACGGCUGGAGAAGCCAGCGCGAAGCGCCCGCAGCCUACGCCGGCCCGGCCCCGCCCCCUCCGCGAGCAGAUCGUUUCGCCUUCCGUCUUCCAGCGCCGCCCAUUGGGGGCGCCCUGCUCUUCGCCCUACGCUACCGUGUGACGGGUCGCGAGUUCUGGGACAACAACGGCGGCCGUGACUAUGCUCUGCGUGGGCCCGAGCAUCCGGGCAGUGGCGGAGCCCCGGAGCCCCAGGGCUGGAUCCACUUUAUUUAAGACAAGACGUCCGCAGCCCAUGGCAGAAAAAAACUAAGGCACCCGGGGGGCAGGGGAAAACCAAUGUGGCGGGAGGAGUGGGAGAAACUUAGAUUGACCGGGAGAGGUCCCAGUCAGGUGGGAGAGGGCGAGGAAGGUGGGAGAAAUCAACAAGGUUUGGGGAACUCGAGGUGGAAAAUGCUGGCUGGAUGUGAGUGAAAAGAACCCAAGGCAAGGGAGAAAGGAAACCAGAAAGGACGCUGGAGGGAUUAGAAGAAAGCUAAAGAAGGGGGAUGAUGGUAGCCUCUUUGCUGAAUGGUCACUGGGAGAGAGUGAGUUGCAGGCCUAGGCAUCAAAUGUUAGGAAAGUCUUUGGAUUUGAGGAGGCAUUAUGGAUUGAGGAGGUGUGACGUGUGAAAUAAUCCAUCCCAUUUGAAGUCAACGGAUUGCAGGUUUAUUUCCGUUUUUCGGCUUUUGCCACCUCAGGUCCCUCAGUUUGCCCAUCCUAGUUUUAUCUCAGCCAUAAUUGCCUUGCUUAAUCCUAGGAACUUGGCCAUUGCUCCUUCUGGACCCUGGCAUGACAGGAUUCCCUUAUCACCCGACAGUUCCUCCCUAAAAUUUUCAUGUAUUGGCUGGGGAAUGAUGACAGGUAGAACUAUUUUCUCCGUCCUCCAGGCAAGUUCCGGAUUAUAAUCGAGGCAAAAGCAACCCCAAGCCUGUCCUUGUAGCCCAAUAAUGGGGCACCUAAGGUGUUGAUUUACUCAGGGGCUUCCAGAAAAAUGUCAGCCUUAUAUUUCUGGGUACCUUUUAAUAACCUCUAAGCACUUUAUGGACUGUUGUCAAGGAACAGUGAAUCAAAAAAUCACUAUUCUGAUUUGUUGCUUCUGGUUUAGAAGAAAAAGAAGUCACUGACUGGCUGUACAACUUUAAGCAAGUUGUACUUCUUUGGGCCCCACUUUGCUUCUUGGGAAAUUGGAUUUGGUUUAUGUAGUUAUUCUACAGCUCCAUUUUGUUUGACAUUUUAUCAUCUGCAUUGUAAUAGUGUAGAUUAGAAGCCACAUUUUUCAACCUUUUACUUUAGUUCAGGAGACAAAGCCCCGAGCUUAUGGUUGUGGCUGAGGAGGGGUCCUCCAGUUUGGGGCAAGAAUGUUUCAGAACCCAGAAAGUAUUCCACAAUCACCCAGUAGCGUCUUUCCAACCAUGGCACAUCYACUGCCCCUUGCUUUUUGCUCUUGCCUCCAGAGAUUUCCAGCCUGGAUGCUCUGAGACAGCUUUGGGGAAGUAUAUCUGAGUUGGGGAUAUGAUUGAGAGCCCCCAGAUGAAAGGAAAGAAUGACAGGAUCUCUCUUGAGAAUAAAGAAUGGAAAACAUCAAGAAUGAGAGCAACUUGACAAAUGACACCAGAAGAUGGCAGUCUUAUCCAUAUUCUGAGCCAGUGAAAUGGGAAAGCUGACUCUUCUACCCAUUCCCAUUCAUGUCUCUCUUGGUUAACCUUAACAUGGGAGUUAUUUCUUUCCUGGUUGCUUAGUUUCCUUUCCUCUUACCCUAUACCUAACCUCUUUGCUUUUUGCUUUUUUUCUUGUUCCUCUCCCUUUUCAUCACUUUUUUUUUUCU